UGCAACUUAAUAGGUAGACGAUUGUAGGCUACUACGUAGAAUUUGAUCAUUUGUCUCUACAGCUGGUGGCUGUUGUGUUCUGUCCAGAAACGGUCUCUUUAAAGAACAAUCCGCAAACAUGGGAGAGUGGGGAUUCCUGUCAUCACUGCUGGACAAGGUGCAGUCACACUCCACGGUCGUGGGUAAAGUUUGGAUGACCGUCCUGUUUAUCUUUAGGAUCAUGGUCCUGGGUGCCGGGGCAGAGAAGGUGUGGAGCGAUGAGCAGUCUAAUAUGAUAUGCAAUACCAAACAGCCCGGCUGUAAGAACGUGUGCUACGACCACGCCUUCCCCAUCUCCCACAUCCGCUUCUGGGUCCUUCAGAUCAUCUUCAUCUCCACCCCAACGUUGGUGUAUCUGGGACAUGUCAUGCACGUCAUCCACAAGGAGAACAAACUGAGGCAACGGCUAAGUCAGGCAGGCAAUGAGAUGGGGAAAAUGCCUAAGUAUUCUGAUGAGAAGGGUCAUGUCAAAAUCAAAGGUGACUUGCUGGCCAGUUACAUGGUCAAUAUCUUCUUCAGGAUUUUGCUGGAGAUAGCAUUUAUAGUGGGUCAAUAUUACUUGUAUGGGUUUGUGCUGGACCCCAAGAUUGAAUGCAGCAGAGCUCCCUGUCCGUUCACUGUAGAAUGCUUCAUGUCACGACCAACAGAGAAGACCAUCUUCAUCAUCUUCAUGCUGGUGGUGGCGUGCGCAUCUCUGCUGCUGAAUGUGGUGGAGAUAUUCUAUCUGAUCUGCUCCAAGUGUGGUUCUGGCUCAAGAAGACGAGCCAAAGCAGUUCCAGCCAUCGCAAUCCACAGCUGUCUGGAUGGAGGCAGUAUGAUGCAGAACGAGAAGAUGAGUCUUCAUGCAACUGGUCACAGCACAGCCUGAAGUCACUGAUCACCAAUCAACUAUUGUAAACACUAUUGACAUUUCUGUUGAUAUACAGAGGAAGAAUGCCACUGAAACUGUCAGCCCUACAAUAAUGCAGGGUCUUAAAGGCCCAGUAAAGUCAAAAAUUGGAUUUACCUGUGUUUUAUACUGUAUGUAUUUUCACAUUAUGAGGUUUGACUAAUGCAGUGAACUUGUGAGAAUGAUGAUAAUGCCCUUUCAUUGUAAGAGCUGUUUGAAAUGGCUGCCUGAAAUUGGAGUUUGGAUGGAGUUUUGACCUUCCACAGUGACAUCACCAUGCGGUAAUUAGUUAAAUAGACCAAUAAGAAAGAGAGUUCCAAACGUCGCUGACAAUAACAGCU